AUGGCGAGAAGAUGGAUGAAGUCAUUGCAAUGCAAGUCAAAAGCAUUGGACGACGUCGUCGUUGACCAUAACCAUUCAUUAUUAUUAUUAUCCCACUGCAAAAACCGCGUUCAGAGUCUCAAAGAUGUAGUUGAAACCACCAUACCAUCAAAACCCAAACGGCCACAAACGCCGCCGUUUAAACGACCUGAUUCAAAAAAAAACGAACCUGACCCGCACCAGCUGCCAACGAUCCGAACCCGGUCCAGCAGCGCCGUUUCUUUGUUUCCUUCGCUCACGGAGCUUCCUCAAGGACACCCUUCGCGUAAUGUGGUGGAGAUAAUCUUUCACACCAGCUGGGGGGACAAAAGUUUCUCCGGUCAUGUUGAAAUGGUGUUUAAGAUCCAGAAUCUGACCCGGACCCUGACCCGGUUCGAGGAGUACCGGGAAAGGGUCAAAUCCAGAUGGGUGAUCUCCGCCGACACAGUGGACGGCGUUCAGGACCACGCGCGGUGUGUAGCCGACGGGAAUGAGGUCAUGAGAUUCUACUGCCUCGGAGUCACAUCAAGCAGCGGCGGCGCGUACGAGGUUGGCUGCGGCGCGUGGGCCAACUAUGGUGGUGGCAAAGCUGGUGCGGCAAUUUGUACAUAUUCGGGAAGUGGAGUUGCUCAUGACAAAGCUGGCGGUGGAAGAGGAAGAGGGAGGUGGGCUAUGCUUGUUUGCCGGGUCAUAGCGGGUCGGGUUUGUGAGCAACUCGGAUUUGGCUCGUUGGUAGAUAAUCGAGUUGGGUACGACUCAGUGAGUGUUGAAAAUGGUACUGAGUUACAUGUGUUUGACUCGCGUGCGUUAUUGCCGUGUUUCCUCAUCAUCUACGAAUUGUAAAGAUACAUGCGUUUGGACAUUUAUUAUCUGUCCGGAUUUUCUAUAAUUUUAUAUGUUAUUUAUUUUCC